AUGGAGGUCCUGAUUCGUCGAGCGGAUCUAGACGCGAAGGCCGUGGGUGCCGAUCCGGAGCAGCAGCUACCGCCAUUGGUGUUUAUCCAUGGGCGUUACCACGCCGCGUGGUGCUGGGCUGAUAAGUGGAUGCCGUAUUUGUCGGCACUGGGAUUCGACUGCUUCGCUAUAAGCAUCCUCGGUCAGGGUGGCAGCGACGUCCCGAACGCUCCUGUGGCUGGGACCGUUCAGUCCCACGCUGCUGACGUGUCAAACGUUAUCCGCCAGCUCGUCGGCCGGCCGCCGGUCCUAGUUGGACACUCGUUCGGCGGGCUGAUUGUGCAGGCGUAUCUUGCUGACGUGGCAAAGGACUGGGAGAGCAGCAAGGAUGACGGAGUCCCCUUCGCCCCUCUAACGGGGGCUGUGCUCGCCUGCUCUGUGCCGCCCACUGGCAACAUGGAGCUAGUGAAGCGCUACAUGUGCACGCGCCCCAUCCUGUCCAUCAAGAUCACGCUCAGCCUGGCAGCCAAGCUCUUCCGCUCCUCGCUCGCCCUCUGCCGCGACUCCUUCUUCUCCCCCGCCCUCCCCGAAGCUGAAGUGAAGCGCUACCAGGCCCUCCUCUCCGACAGCAGCAAGCUGCCUCUGUUUGAUCUCAGGCUGCUCAACGCGUCGCUCCCCGUGGCCAAGCCGCCGGCCUACUGCCCGCCUGUCAUGGUGCUGGGUGCUGCUGAUGACGUCAUUGUGCGCUACCAGGCACUGCUGUCCGACAGCAGCAAGCUGCCGCUGUUCGACCUGCGGAGGGAUGACCAGGGCUUGCAAGAAACAGCCGAGUCCUUCAGCACAGCAGCAGUGGCGCUGCCAGGUACGCCUCAUGACCUCAUGCUCGAUCUUGGAUGGAAAGACUCUCCUUGCACUUGUCUCCUCAUCCCUCCUUCCCCCCUAUCCCUCCCCCUAUCUUCCACUAACCAGGACGACCAGGGCGUGAAGGAAACUGCCGAGUUCUUCAGCACAGCAGCAGUGGUGCUGCCAGGCAUGCCGCAUGACAUCAUGCUUGACCUCGGAUGGAAGGAUGGCAGGAUGCCCCACUCUCGUGUCUCCUCAUCCCUGCAUUCCCUCCACCCCCCUGUCCCUCCCUCUUCCACUAAGCAGGAUGACCAGGGUGUGCGGGAGACAGCGGAGUUCUUUAACACGGAAGCAGUGGUGCUGCCAGGCAUGCCACAUGAUGUCAUGCUGGACCUGGGAUGGAAGGAUGCUGCUGAUUCCAUGCUGCAGUGGCUUGCAAGCCACGGGGCCAUCCCCAAGCAAUGA